AUUAAUGUUUAACUUAUGCUAAAGAUCUAUAGAACAUUAAAAACACGUGUUUUUUAUAUAGGUGCGUUAUAAGAUUUUAUCGGACACCGCUUCAGUGGAUUUUCACGGACGGAUUUUGAUUUUGUGACAGAACAAGUGCCAGACUUGCAACAAAGGCCAAUGAGACAACCACGGGCAAGAAUUCAAAGAGCUUCCGAAAACAACAUGCCGAUGAAAGUCAAAAGUUAAAGAUAGAUCGCUAAAAAAUAGAAACAAAAUGAAUCAAAAUUCCUAUAGUCCAAACAGAAAAAAACCACUUGAGAAAAGAUCGUGUACGGAUUGCUUGUGCUUCCUCGGUUUCGGCGUGUUCAUAGCCUGCUGGUUGGGUUUGGCCAGCUAUGCCUAUCAAAAUUCAGACCAAGAGCUGUUCAUUUCACCGUCGGAUUCGAACGGUCAAGUGUGUGGUCGCAAUAAGAACGUGUCUGAUAAAUCGUACUUAUUCUUUUUUGACAUAACCGAAUGCACGUCACCAAUGAUUUUCGUCCACGGAUGCCAAACUCCUCAGGUAUGCGUGGAAAAUUGUCCAAAUACGGAUUGGUCCGUCAAAGACGUAUUGGACUCCAAAGAGUCUCAAAUCGACUGGCCGACCGUACAGAAGACCCUGAUAUGCGUCUCUCCUGAUCUCAAUAAAUUGGUCAAUUCGAAGGAAGUGCUAAAAAACUUUACGUCUUCCAACCUAUGUGCCAAAUAUUUUACUAGGAGUGAAACUCUGUUUAAUUAUUGUAUCCCUACGCUGAGCGGUGACUUAGAGAGUCUGAAACAAAUUCUGAAUUCCAACAAUAUUAUGAUGAGCAAUUUUAUCGACGGAACUGCUAUGGUCGAUUGGUUGAAAGUAUCGAAAGAAGCCAGUCAACAUGUAAUAGAAGAUUUGGAAAAAAGCUACCAACAUAUUGUAGUUGGUCUGCUCAUAGCCAUCUUCUUGAGUCUUACUUAYAUCYUGCUGCUGAGGUGGUUCAGUUGGAUAAUGGUUUGGAUGUCAAUGUGGGCCAUCGUGGGUUUAUUAGCUUUUGGUAGCUACGAAUCGUACGUAAAAUACAUGUCAUUCGGCGACUCCGAUACCGCGACUUCGAUGACGGAAGACGGAGAGCCGACUGACAUUGCCACGGGUGGCGGCCGGCAGAGCUGGACCAACUACGCAAAUUCGAAACUGAACAAAAAGUCCACUUGGUUGAUGUUCACUGUUGUGUCGACCGUCGCGCUGGUCGUGUUGUUGUUGAUCAUCGUGUUCUUGCGUAAACGGAUACGGCUGUCCAUAGCGCUAAUCGUGGAAGGAAGUCGAGCGAUACUCGAGAUAAAAACAUCACUGGCUUUCCCGGUGUUCCAGUGGCUAUUGUACUUGGUGGUGCUGAUUUGGUUUUUCAUUGUUGCCAUUUAUCUGUCGUCCAUGAAACUGUACGUCUUCAAAGUUAAAGGCCUCGCCAAUGAUCACGACUGUUUUUGCAACAACAGUUACUACAAGGACGGUGACUGGUGCACAGAGUCCAAAUGGGAACGGUACUGCAGUGCCAAAAGCCAAAACAAUACCAUGUGUAGACUGGCUAAAUGUGCAUACGACCAUACAGUAUCACAGGACUUCAUCACCGGACUUCAGCUGUUCAAUGUGUUCGGAAUGUUGUGGUUGAUGAACUUUGUGUCGGCAUUCUCCCAAAUGGUGUUGGCCAUUACGUUCACCUCGUGGUACUGGACGUUCCAUAAGAGGGACGUGCCAUUCUUCUCGCUCACAAGUUCCUUCUACAAAACAAUCAGAUACCACUUGGGAACGGUCGCUUACGGAUCCCUGAUCAUCGCCAUCUGCAAUUUCAUACGCGUGAUACUCGAGUGGGUGGAAACCAAACUGAAGAAGUAUGACAACUCGUUUACCCGAGCCAUAUUCACGUGCAUGCGAUGCUUCUUUUGGUUGCUGAACAAGUUCUUGCGAUUCGUCAAUCGGAACGCGUACAUAAUGUGUGCUAUGUACGGGAAGAACUUUUGCACUUCAGCCAAACAGGCAUUCGACCUGUUGUUGAGGAACGUAUURCGUCUGGUGGUCCUGGACAAGGUGACUGAUUUUAUAUUUUUCGUGGGCAAGAUUGUCAUAAUGGGCGCCACCAUCGCGGCAUUUUACUUCGAGUUCUACGAACCAAUAGAGCCAAUCAAAAAGUUCGAGUUCUUUAAUCAGCCCGUCCUCAAUAAUAAGUGGCUACCGAUGUUCAUCGUGGCCGCCGGAUCUUGGGUGAUAUCGUCAACGUUCUUCCACGUGUAUUCAAUCGCUGUCGACACACUGUUCCUAUGCUUUUUGGAAGACUCCGAACGAAAUGACGGAUCAGCUGAUCGUCCUUACUUCAUGUCGCGGAAGCUGAUGAACAUACUAGGAACGAAGAACGUGUUGUAAUUUCAAAUGCGUCGACGAAAGAGAUGCGAUUUAAAUAUUUUUAAUACGUCAUAUUAUAUUGUACAUACGACCAUAAUAUUAUACAUCAAACUAUAUAUUUGUGCUGCCCACCGCCGACGCCACCRCGGUGUUCGUGUAAAACAUACAAUGAAUAUUCGCCCAAUAAAAUAAUAUAUUGUAUACGUAUAUGUCGUAUACCGGUUCCUCGUCACCCUCCCCUACACAUCAUGUUAUUAUUUUAAUUAACUAUUUUAUUUAAUAAUUUAUGUAUGUGAUUGUAAUAUAAUAAAAUACGCAGGGUGUUUAUAUUUUUAUCGUGAAUCAUGCUGUAAAAUACUUCAAGGAACAUAAUUGAUUUUUUUAAUAUUCAACAAUUUAAUAUUUUACAUUUUUUUAUGAUUAUUAUUUUAUCAAUAAUUACAUUCUUGAGACUAAACAAUUUCUUUUGUUUUCUAGCAUAUUCCUUGAUAGUUUUUUGUAUAAAAAUCACCCUGCAGGUAGCGUAUAGCUUAUUAUCAUAUUAUUAUACUGUAAAUAAUUUUAAUUUUAUACCAAAAAUAACAUAUCGUUCGUAUGUGAUAAAUAAUUUCGUAGGAGGAAUGCUCCUAAAACGAUAAGUCGUCAUGAGUGUAGUGAUUAUAAUAUUAUAUAUAUAUUAUAACCUAUUUAACUAUUAAUAUUACCUUUGAGCUGAUAUACAGUAUAUUAGAUGUGUAUUCUGGUUUAUCGACAGCAUAAAAUGGGAACAGAUUUCAAUGUAAAAAAUGAGAUUUAAGACUAGUCUCUGCUGCUCUAUACUAUUAUUUACGAUAAUAUAAAUUAUUUUUUAAAUAUACAUUCUACCUGCAGUUUGAUGUACAGACUUAAAAAUAAAAUUAUGUAAAGCAUUGGCAAAUUUUUUAUGUUAUUAACAUCAGCUACCCUAAAACCACGUGAUAAUAUAUAUUAGAAUAUUUUUAUACGAAUUAUAUAAAGAGCUUAUUGAUG